AUGGCGACAAAGGCACCCCCAAACUACUACGCGAUUCUUGAGAUCCCAGAGACCGCCUCAGCGCAGCAAAUUCGAGAUGCAUAUAAACGAGCCGCCUUGAAGUCGCAUCCCGAUCGAGUCCCCGACGGCAGUCCCGAACGCGAGGCUCGCACUCGCAAAUUCCAGCUCGUCAAUGAUGCGUACUACACCCUAUCUAACCCCACUCGUCGACAAGAAUACGACAGACAGCGCCGACGUUUCCCCUCUAGCACCGAGGGUGCUACUGACCAGACUGGUGCUACAAAUGGAGACACUUCCACCGGUGCCGGCCCCGUCCCUGGAGCAGGAGAAGGAGCAGGGGCAGGAGCAGGAGCAGGAGCAGGAGCAGGAACAGGGACCGCGCAGGACGCAUACUCGUGGGCAUGGAGCUUUUUCACGGGCCAAGCAAAUAACGCAGGCAGGCAGCAGGCCGAAGACCAGCAGUUCGGUGAUGUCUUCGAGGAGAUGCUUCGCGAAGAGGGCAUGGCCGAUCAGAACGGAGCGCCUACGCGCUCUUUCUGGAGCAUCAUCGGUGGUGUAAGUGGCGGGGCUCUGGGCUUCAUCGUCGCCAAUGUUCCGGGCAUGUUGGCCGGUGCGGUUGCGGGAAACAGACUAGGCGCUGUGAGGGACGCCAAGGGAAAGAGCGUAUACGCCGUCUUCCAGGAACUUCCUCAAGACGACCGGACGAGAUUAUUGAGCCAGCUGGCGGCGAAGGUUUUCAGUCACGCGACUGGCUUGUGA